AUGUCUUCAAUACUGCUAUACAGUCUCAUGCCGAGGGCCCAGUCCUCCGGCGGUGAGCUGCUACCACGAUUGAACAACGAUGUUACAUUGGAUAUCAACCCAUUGCCUGUGGCCCAGCGAAGAGGCCUCAUUGCAGUUUCGGUUAUGGCAUUCCUCUCCUUUAUUUCCACCUUGUCUCUGCUUGCUUUCAUUACCUAUCGACUCAUUUUCUGGCGGAAAAACUACCAGAGAUACAUUGGUUACAACCAGUAUAUUAUCUUGAUUUAUAACCUGAUUUUGGCGGAUUUCCAGCAAGCCCUCGCCUUUUUGAUCUGUGUGAAAUGGAUCGCUACCGACCAAAUCAAGUCCGGCACUGCCGCAUGCUUCCUACAGGGUCUUUGGCUCCAGAUUGGAGAUCCAGGUAGUGGACUUUUCGUGCUUGCCAUUGCGUUUCACACCUUUUUGCUGGUCGUUUGGGGCCGGAAGAUGUCUCACAAGGUUUUCAUCUCCUUCGUCAUCGGCGUGUGGGUAUUCAUUGCCGUUAUUGUGAUCAUUCCUCUGGCAGCAUAUGGUGCAGAUGUGUUCGUUCCCUCCGGUGCCUGGUGUUGGAUUAAUGAAGAGUAUGAGACAGUCCGUCUCUGGACUCAUUACAUCUGGAUUUUCGUGGCCGAGUUUGGUACAGUGUCUUUGUACGCUAUCAUGUAUUUCCAGCUCCGACGACAGAUUGCUGCUUCAUCUAUCCUGGGAAACAGCCAAGUGGAAAGCCUCAAGCGCCUGCGCCGCGUGGUUGGCUACAUGACGAUCUAUCCAAUCGUCUACAUCGUUCUUUCGCUUCCUCUGGCUGCCGGACGUAUGGCUACGGCAAACGGCGACACUCCUUCCCUCACUUUCUUCUGCUGUGCAGGUGCUAUAAUUACCAGCUCCGGCCUGGUCGAUGUCGUUCUAUACACUCUCACUCGCCGUAACCUCAUCAUCGAUUCCGAACCCAGCCAAGACCGUUCCUACAACAAGUUCGCCAGCAGCCGCGGUCGCCACGGAGAAAACCACCUUACCACGAUCACAGCUGCUGACCCCAAGACUCGGACCAAGCUUGGUGGUAUGGACGGCACCAACCUCGACCGUGACGGCUCUACCGAUAACAUUGUCCAGACGGGCGUCGAGAUGGGUCCAAUGGGCAAGGUGUACCAAGAAACCACCAUCGAAAUCACCACCGAGCCUGCCUACCCUUCAGAAGCUGCCAGCGAGCGCUCCAGCAAAGACGACUUCAACGAAGCCCCAUCACGGAUGUGGGGACGAUAA